UUUCUCUCUCUAACCUGGUUAUUUGACUCUCUCCCUCUCUUUAUCUAACCCCUCUUUGUCUGGCGUUACUGAGGCAGUUCCACUUGUGGAUGCCGUCUCUGUCUUUCUCUCUCUUAAUUCUUAACUCUUUCUCUCUCUAUUUUACCUCUCAUUUUUUUGUCUUGAAAGAGGUUUGGGUUUUCUUCUAUUUUGAGGAAUAGAAGGGAAUUGAUUUUUCUUCAGAUCUUUUUGGUCGGGUUUUCUGGUCUGGUUCCUUUGCUUUUCGAAAGUCUCGCUGUGUUUGGGAAGAAGGGGAUUUGGGUUUAGAGAAGGGGAAGAAGACUUGGGUUUUUGUUUUGCUUCUUGUUGUUCUUGGUGUGGGCUUCUGGUUUUUGGGGAGUUUGUUCGUUGGUUUUCGAUGGGUGAAGAGGUGAAAGGGGAGGAAUUGAAUGUGGAGAAGGAAACGGGGAUAAAUUGGGAGAGCUUCCUUCCUCGUGGCUGUCUUAGAGUGCUGCUGGUCGAGCCUGAUGACUCUACUCGACAAAUCAUAGGUGCCCUGUUGAGGAAAUGUAGCUAUAAAGUUGCUGCUGUUCCAGACGGGAGGAUGGCAUGGCAGAUCCUAAAAGAGAAUCCCCAUAAUUUUGAUAUUGUUUUGACGGAAGUGAUAAUGCCCACAAUUUCUGGAUUUGCUCUACUCUCCAUGAUAAUGGGUCACGAGAUUUGCAGAAAAGUUCCUGUUAUCAUGAUGUCUUCACAGGACUCUAUUAGUAUUGUUUUAAAAUGCAUGUUGAAAGGUGCUUCAGACUUUCUUCUCAAACCCAUAAGGAAGAAUGAACUCAGAAAUGUGUGGCAACAUGUGUGGAGAAGGCACUCUUCCAAUAUUGGAGGCAUUACAUGCCAAGAAGGAAAUCCAUCACAACUUAAACUUGAGGCUUUAUCAGAAAACAAUGCUGCAAGCAAUCAUUCGAGCGAAUAUAUUGCUUGUGCACAGAAAAACAAGGAGAACAGUGAAAAAGGGAGUGACGCUCAAAGCUCUUGUACAAGACCAGAUUUGGAAGUUGAAAGUGCAGACACACAAAGUAGUCAGGAGUUCUCGUUGCAGCAAGGCAGGAGUAUCCCUCAGGAGUUACAGCUGAAAGUAAACGAAGCUGCUGAAGCAAGGAGGCCGGAAAAGUCUUACUGUGAUCAAGCAAUUGUAUCAACAAGCCAAACCCCAGAGGCGGAAGGUGACUGUGCGAAACCCCUUGAUGAAGAGGAGAGCCUGAACUUAACUGGUUUCAGGGAUGGUGCAAAUGCUGAUUCCAUAAAUGAUCACAACUCUAUGAAGUUUACUUUCUCUGGACAAGCCAUUGACUUGAUUGGGGAAAUUGAUAGACAAAGAAUGUGUCAAUAUUCAGAUACAGGAACUCUUCCACAAAGGGAACAUUUAUCUAGAGGCAUGGCAAGUCCCUUUGAUCUAAAGGAUGACAUGUCCCCAUCAGGCUCUGUUCCACUGUGGGAGCUCUCCCUUAGAAGACCUCAGUUCCUGGGCUUUGAUAGGCAAGAGAAAGAGGAGAGACAUAUAUUGCAUCAUUCAAAUGCCUCUGCAUUUUCAAGGUACAAUAACCAGACUGCACAUCCUUCUUGUCCAGCAUCAACCAGUUUUUGCCCUGGCGUGCAAGAAUCCAAUGCCAAAGCCCACUUACCCAUGGGAACCCAAACCGCUACUUGUCACUCCAUCACUGAUCAAUAUCCCUCAUCACUCAAGAGAGAGAUGCACCAUGCACUAAAAGAGAACACAAUGCAAUUAGAGAGCAAAGAAGAAGAAGAAACUCCAAAGUUUAGCCCAUCGCUUAAAGACAGCAAAGCCUUCCCAUGUCCUCAAAUGGGUGUCAUCUCUUUCCCAGUGCCCAUACGAGGCAGACCCUUUGAUGGUGUAUGCACAGGCUAUGGUGCGGUGCUCCAGCCCAUAUUCUAUGCACAACCCAGUUUACCUCCCUGGGAUUCACCCCACCAACAAGAAGCUCAAAGAGAAGUAGACCCAUCUCAUCAAUCUGAUCAAGCCUCUGAACAAUCCCAUAAUUCAGACCAUGAUCACCAUAUAACAAGCCAUGAAGUGAAUCAGCCAGUUUCACUUCCUUUGGGCCAAAAGCAUGAGGUGCAAUUAGAACCAAAAGAAGCUCAAAAGAGUGCUUCUCCUGCUACUGGGCAAAGUGCAAGCACUGUAUGUAAUGGGAGCCAAACUCAUGUUAAUGGGAGUGGGUGUGGAAGUGUUUGCAAUGGCGGUAGUGGGAAUAUUAAUAAUGAUAGUGGAAGUAAUGAGGGUUUAUUGGGUCAUAAUGGGAACUCAAUUGCUUAUCAUCGUUCAAGCCAACGUGAAGCUGCCUUGAAUAAAUUUAGAUUGAAGAGGAAGGACCGGUGUUUUGAGAAGAAGGUUCGAUACCAGAGCAGGAAGAGGCUUGCAGAGCAGCGGCCACGUGUGAAAGGACAGUUUGUUCGCCAAUCACAUCAGGAGCCCACAUCCAUGGAAACCGAUUGCCCCCGUAAUGACAUUCUAACCUUGUAGACUGCUCAGAUAUUCCCGAUACUCGAACAUGGUGAUAUUAUCUCGUAUACCUCAAAAGGAAGAUCUUUGCCAGUGGAGCAUGACUCAAAUGGACAGCGUGAUAUACAAAGCAUGUCUGAUCAGUUUUGCUGGGAGUGGGUUAACUGAGAUUUUGCAGUUUAUUUCGUUCCAGAAUUACAGCGAUGCUUACGUUUUCCAUAGUUUUUAUUGAGGCUUGAAAAUAAUGUUGGAGAUAAGAAUAUCAAGAAGUGAUUAGGAGAUAGAGCAAGGUGAUGUUCAGUGAUUUUGACUAACCACCACACAAUGCUGUUUGCAGUUAGUUUUAUUUUGCUUUGCUGUAUAUAACUCUCUCUACCCUUGCUGUAACUUGGAACCUCAGGUGUGUGCUCUAUGCAUUCGGUCCGAUGGAAUGUAACCGCCUCACAUGUUAGAACUUUGAGUUUUGUCAUUUUUGCGUGCAAAUGGCAUUUGAAUAUGUGGGGUUUUUUGUUUU